GCUUCCAGACAGGCUCCGGCUCAGGGAUUUUCUUCUCCUCCCCCAAAGCUGAGCUCAGCUCCAGGCAAGGCCAGCUCCAGGAGGCUUGAAGUCAGUCGAUGCUGAGCGCCGCCGGGCUCCCUUGGGAGGGCAGUGAUUCUCAGAGGCCGAGAAGGGACACCGAGGCUCAGAGGAGAAGCAUUCCGGGGAGGAGAGACACCACUCAUCUGACUGGAAAGGAAAUCGACGAUUCCGAGCUCCGGCUUCCAGAGGACGGAGUGGAGGUGGCAUUCCCUCUCUGAGGUCACGGUCAGCUUUGGAAAGGCACUCCUGGGCUACUUGAGGAGAGUUGGAACCCGGAUCUAAACUGAAAGCUGAGGUUUUGUGAAUGUGGACAUGCAGAACAGCACCAUCACAACCACCACUGGGGGCCACCACCAGAACUGCAGCAUCUCGUACGAGGAGAGCAAGACAUUUGUGAUCGUGGUGUACUCCGCCGUGUGUGCGUUAGGCUUUCCGGCAAAUUGCCUGACCCUGUACUUAACGUCGAAGCGAGUCAAGCAAGGUAACGUGUUGGCCGUCUACCUGUUCUUCUUGUCCCUCUGCGAACUGUUAUACAUCUUGACUCUGCCGUUCUGGAUUAUAUACGUCAUCAAAAAUCACAUGUGGGACACAGGAAAGUUUUCCUGCCAGGUGAUUGCCUUCCUCUUCUUUUGCAACAUCUACAUCAGCAUCUUAUUAUUGUGCUGCAUUUCCAUCGAUCGCUUCAGGGCCGUGGUGUUCGCCUUGGAAACCAAUGGCCGGAGAAAUCAGAAGAUGGCGGCCCUCCUUUCCAUCUCGGUCUUCAUUUCUGUGGGAUUGGUUCACACCCCAGUGUUUCAGAUGGCGUCCCAAAACAACACCUGUUUCGAAGUUCUGGAGGUCGACGAUCAGAUCGCUAAGUAUUACUAUGCCAGAUUCGUAAUCGGCUUUGUCGUCCCCUUCGCCAUCAUCGUGUACACAAACUACCGAAUUUUCAGAAGCAUCAAGGAGAGCGUCAGCUUGACCCCACGCCAAAAGACCAAAGUGAAAUACUUGGCCAUAGCGAUUAUCGUCAUUUUCCUCAUCUGCUUCGCCCCCUACCACGUGGUGCUCCUGGUCCGAGCUUUACACUUUUCUCACUACCCAAGGAAUAUGUGUGGUUUUGAGAAAAGGGUGUACACCCUGUCGGUGAUCUUUCUGUGUUUUUCCACAGUGAACAGCGUGGCAGAUCCAAUCAUCUACGUGUUCGUCAGUGAAAAUAAUAGGAACGAUCUGAGCAGAAUCUUUAGAGGGUGGAAUCCGAGGCCUGCCAACCCUGCUAACAGGGAAAAUUAGGUUAUCCUCAGCAAAGAACUUCAAGCGCCUCCGAGGUCUGAAACCGCGACCUGCUAUCCACCCCAGUUGUGCCAGGUCUGGGGGCCGGUGUUCGGAGCUUAGCUCCCAGAGAUCUGGUGCUCAGACUUCUCCCUCCAGACCAGAAUCCAUUGGCAAAUCGAUCCAUCGAUCAAUCCCAUGCUUGGGAUGCCCACUGUGCACAGCGCGCUCUGCUAAACACUCGGGAGAGGACUCCCUGUCCUCAAGGUGUUUAUGUCUCGGAGGUUCCAGGAGCGGUCAGCAGAUGUAUCAGGAAGCAUCACUCAUGUCUGCAUUGGAACCAGAGGUACAGAUCCACAAUGAGCUCGCUGCUAAAGAGUCAACAUUUCCCAGUCGGGCAAGGGCCACCCCGGGAGAGAAGACCGAAAGCAACAGCGGGCCUAGGCCCUGAGCCGAUGAAGCCUGAUUCCUCCGUUCGAGGGACUAUCUCCACUCACUGUCACCAAACCCCGAUCGACACUUGUAUUUAAUGAACCGGGGACGGGUUCGGGAGUCGGCGCGGCGAGGGAAAGUGGCCGGAGUCAAUGGCUUUGCCUGGCAAAACUGAUUCCAUGUGGCGAAUUGAACUCCUCUUUUCCGGAAGGUUCUAAUUAUUUAAUGAUUUUGGACGCAACCAAUUGAACUUCCCUUUUGGGAGGUAUACGAAUGUUUAAUUAUUUGGAUGUGGCGAGUUGAACCUCCCCUUUCGGGAGGAAUAGGAUUAUUUAAUUAUACUGGGGCUUUCCUAUCUGGAGGAAUGUACUUAGACGUUGCUCACAUGUGGCGAAGCAGCAGGUUCCCGCCCACGAACGCUUCCCACUCAGGAGGAAUUCACUUAUGUGUCUCCCACCAAACCCACUGUGUGUUUACCACCGGCAAAGAACAAACUUCCCACCCACGGACACUCAGCGAGACACUCACCCAUCCCACGAUCCCUCACUCGGUGCCGGUGACAGAGAGGGCAUCCCACGCUCUGGUCAGGGGUGACCCGCAGCCAGCUGCUGCGGGUCCUCGUCCGCUGUCCCGAAGGUCAGAGGCCGCAGGUAUUUCAGCUUCCGGCCUCCGCUUGCCCAAUCUCCGCCCCCUCCCCUCCUCCUUACCUUAUUUGUUUGGCACAGGGGCGAGGGACAUCUUCUGAAUUCCCGGCCUGGGAUGUCUUUCUAGCGGUUUCAGUUGUGUGGGCGUUUCCGAGUUCUCCUUUGCUGGUUCGGGCAGUCAAGAGAUAGCAUUUGACCUUGAGAUGGUGGGUACCCCAGUUCACCUAGGGACAAGCGGGCAGUGUGGAGCAGCGUGACCUAGUGGAAAAAGCCCGGGCCUCAUAGGAGGAAGAACCUCGGUUCCGAUUCCAGCUGCUCCACUUGUCUGCUGUGUGACCUCGGACGAGACACUUCACUUCUCUGCGCUUCAGUUACCUCAUCUGUAAAACAGGCAUUAAGACGGUGAGCUCCACUUGGGCCUGGGACCGAUGUCUGGCCCGAUGAUCUUGUAUCAACCCCGGUGCUCAGUACAGUGCCUGGCUUAUAGUAAGUGCUUAACAAACACCUUAAAGGAAACAAAAAAGGAA